AUGCUGAAGAAUGUAGUAGAUGAUGAAAUUAAAGAACCAAUUAAGGUUGCUAAAUUUCAUAGAAUUGCUUCUGUUAUAGAAAAUCCUUUUUUAUACUGUAACACUGAGUAUCGCUUAGUAAAUUGGCUUAUAAAGAAUGAACUGUUAUUUAAAAUAAAUCAAUUUACCAUUAAUAAUGAAAUUUGUCCUGUACAAUACAAUGGUGAAUCAGUGUAUAAUGAAAAAAUCACCAAAGGUGUACUCUUACCUUUGCAGUUUCAGUUUAAAAAAUUCUUUGAAAAUGGAGAUAAUUUUAAAGAACAGUAUACUCGGUUAAAUUACUAUAAAAACAAUCAAUGUACUUCUAUUGAACAUUUUGUUCAAGGAAGCCUUUGGCAACAAAAAGUUUCUAUAUUUUCUAAUGAAAAGAUAAUAUUUCCAUUUUUUUUAUACAUGGAUGAAUUUGAAAUAAAUAAUCCUUUAGGCUCACAUGCUACAUUUCAGUCUAUUUCCGCUCUAUAUUAUAGUUUCCCACUAUCAGAAAACAAUUCAAAAUUAUCAACUAUAUUUUUAGCUGCUCUAGUUAAACACAUUGAUAUUAAAUCAUUUGGUAAUGAUAAAUGUUUACAAAGUCUAGUAAACGAAAUAAAUAUACUUGAAAAUGAAGGGAUAGAUAUUAAAACUCAAGAUGGUGAUUUUCAUGUUCAUUUUGUCCUAGGCAUAGUUCUUGGAGAUAAUUUGGGUCUAAAUAGCUUAUUAGAAUUUAGUAAAUCUUUCUCAGCCAAUUUUUUUUGUCGCUUUUGUAAAGCUUCUAAAGCCUCAACUAUAACAAUGCUUGAAGAAGACUCGAGUCUUUUGCGCAAUGCACACAAUUAUUCUGAUGAUGUUGCUAGUAUGAAUUUUGCAGAGACAGGGGUUUAUCAAGAAUCAUUGUUAAAUCAAGUAACUGGGUUCCACGUCACACAAAAUUUUUGUAUAGAUAUAAUGCACGAUUUGUUUGAGGGCGUUUGUCACUAUGAUUUGUGUAACAUAAUUAAAUAUUAUAUUGUUACUGCUAAAUUGUUUUCACUUGAAACUUUAAACAAUCGCAAAAUGAAUUUUAAUUAUGGACCCAUUGAGAUAGGUAACAUUUCACCCCCCAUAAAAAUGAUUCAUUUAGAAAAAAAACAUUUAAAAAUGUCAGCUAGGGAAGUUAUGACAUUUGUUCAUUUUUUUCCUCUCAUGGUAGGAGAUCUUAUCCCUGAAAAUGAUGAAGUUUGGAACCUUUUUCUUUUAUUAAUUCAAAUUAUAGACAUUCUUUUAUCUUAUACCUUUACUGAUAGUGCAAUUUCCCAUCUUAAACAAUUAAUUUCUCAUCAUAAUUCUAUGUACAUAACACUUUUCAAUGACACCUUAAAACCGAAACAUCACUUUAUGAUCCACUAUCCAACAAUAAUAACAAAUUCAGGCCCUCCUAGACAUUAUUGGUGUUUUCGUUAUGAGGGUAAACAUAAAGAAUUAAAGAUGUAUGCAAGGUCAACAACUUCUAGGAAAAACAUUACAUUAACCUUAGCAAAAAAAAUGCAAUUAAAAUUUGCUCAUAGCUUAAUGGUAUUACCUGAUAAAAAAAUUAUUGUAAAUGAUAAACAUAAAAUUCAAAGUAAUUAUACAGAAAAUAUAAAUAACAAACUUAAUUUGACUGUGUUGCAAUAUGCCUGUUAUACUGAAUUAAUGUUAAAUGGAAUUGUAUACAAAAAAGAUUAUUUUUUAACAAAAAACUGUGAUAAAAUAUGCUUAUUUAAAAUAUGUGAAAUUGUAUUAAUUAAUAAACCAGAUAGUAAUGUUUAUGUUAUGGCUAAUGAAAUAAAGUUAAAUCAUUUCAAUUCUCAUUUUGAAUCUUUUAGUGUAGAUUAUAACGAAGAAGUUGUUAAUCGUAAUUGUAUUUCUAAUGUAGAUGAAUUUAGUGGACCUCCUAUAAAUAUAAGUAAAAUUUCAUCUGGUCAAAAAAUGAUCCGUUUAAAAGAGUUUUAUUAA